UGAGGGCUCGGAAGUUUGGUGGCUUCAUUGACUGGUUCUGUAAUGACAGCUCCCUGGCGGGACAGGUUCCUGUGAGGCUGCCCUUGGUGGUACAGUUGGCAGUGUACCAGUCCCUCUGAGCCUCUCCCCGCUGGUAAGGCUCAGGGUGGCUGUUACACUGCUCAGUACGGCACAGCGGGCAGUGUCAGGGUCGUGGCCUGGUGACAUGACAGGUGGAUAUGUGGUCUAAUGCCAGGUUGGUGCGGAGGCGCCUGCAGUGAGUGGUACAGCUGGCAGCGUCUGCCCCGUCCCUCAGUGUCAGUGAGCUGUUUAUUCAGGACUCGGAGCGGCACGCGUCAGGCGCACGCACUGGAACAACAGAGCGCCUAGAAUGGAGCCUGGGGAGAGGGGCGGGGCCAGGCGCGCACGUCCAGCUUGUGCCCAUUCAAAAGGCGGCGGCGUCCGGGCGACCCCAGUACUUAGCGCUGAUCCAGGGAACGUGCGGCACGGAGCUGCCCGACACACACGCGAGUGACACGAGUCUCCCCCGCUGCCCGGACACUCACUGCCAGCCACAUGGACGCCACUGCCAAGGCAGAGAAUGGCUCCAGCCAGCCCUUCCUGCAGCCAGCCUGCUACUAUGCCCAGAGCUUGCCGCUCAGUCCGGGAGACCCAGGGCAGCCCGGCGCCAAGUCCCUGCCAAAGCAGGUGAAGAGGCAGCUCUCGUCCUCCCCGGAGCUUAUGAGGUGCAAGAGAAGGCUCAACUUCAACGGCUUUGGCUACAGUCUGCCCCAACAGCAGCCGGCGGCGGUGGCCCGGAGAAACGAGCGCGAGAGGAACAGAGUCAAGCUGGUCAACCUGGGCUUUGCCACCCUACGGGAGCAUGUGCCCAACGGCGCUGCCAACAAGAAGAUGAGCAAAGUGGAGACGCUGCGCUCGGCGGUGGAGUACAUCAGGGCGCUGCAGCAACUGCUGGAUGAACAUGACGCUGUCAGCGCUGCCUUCCAGUCCGGGGUGCUGUCACCCACCAUCUCACCCAACUAUGGGCAUGACAUGAACUCUAUGGCAGGGUCUCCUGUCUCCUCCUACUCCUCCGAUGAAGGUUCAUAUGAUCCCCUGAGUCCGGAGGAACAAGACCUGCUAGACUUCACCACCUGGUUCUGAGCUUUAAGGAGCAGGACUGUUGCUCAGAUGACAAGUUCAACUUUCUGCUCAGAAAGAGAAAGUGAAGCACAUGGGAGCUACCAGCCCCUCCAAGAACACUGAAGCACUACAUUGCACUCCAGCUGGGUCUACAGGACUACCAGAGACUCAGACCUGUGGUGGGACAUGGGUGGUGGAGCCUACACCAUCCAACUCACACAACCAAGAGACUUUCUGGCCUGAAUGAUCCCAAGAACAAGCCAGGGGCUUCCCCCCCCCCCCCUCCCCCCAAAAAAAAGCCCUUCAGAGACAGACCUGUCCUGUGUUCAAGGAUGUUCUCAGUUCCAGGAUCUUGAAUUGUGGAGUUUGUUGCAUUCAACCUAUGCUGAUAUUCAAAGAACCCUUUGAGAACCCUCUACUACUAUUUUUAUACCACUUUCAUCUAAAAUGCUUCCAAUCUUUUUAUGAUUUUUUUUUAUUAUAAAAAUCUAUUU